AUGGCCCCCAGAACCGAUUCCACCGUUAGCCCCAUAUCUCGAUCAUCUACUACUUCCACUCACCCAACUCAUCUCAACAGUGUUGGCUACCUUAGUCGCAAGGCCUUACCCAUCAAGCGCAACGAUGCAGAACCGUUGACGCGGGAUGAUGUUCAGUUUGACCUUCUGAGUUACAUUUUUUCGGACACGAAAGCUGUUUUCACCACUCCAUACCCCUCAAAAUCACCCAAGAUACCCUUCGGCGAACUAUAUGUGUCCGCCCUGUACAACUCAACCAAAUGUUCGAAAGUUCUGAAGGACAAGAUGCUUGAGACCCCUGAUUUUGGCGUCGAGCUUGCCAAGAUUUCACUUUUGACCAACGUUGGUCGCAUCAAUACCACGAUGGCUUUCUUUCCGGAGAUGAAGACCGCGUUGAGAACUUAUCAUCCAGUCCCCUCAUUACAAAAAACCGAUGGAAAUGCCCAAGAUGCGCCGCGCAUAAAAAAUUGCCUAAAGGCCGCUCUUCUCCCAUCCGAACUUAAGGCUGUGCCUCCCUCCACGCCAGAGGAGAUACUUGCAAAACGCAGGGCAGGACAAUGCCCACCCACCAGUGUUGUGAACCUAAUAUUUGUCCUGGCAAAUCAUGCUGCGCCGUUAGCAAGCACCCACUUCGAUGGCAAUCUGAACUUUCUGGACCUCUUUAUUCCGGGGAAAAAGUUUUCAUCUGCUGAUCGAGGUCGGGCGUUCUUGUGGCUUCUCUAUCAUUACCUGGAAAGCUCGGAUGGACCAAAUCCAUUCAAUGACACAUAUGCUCAAAAUCACCAAGGGAAAGCGCCUGUCUUGCGCCGGCUCAGUGAAUCAGAACUAAGAAGAGAAAACGUCGAUACACCCCAGGAAAUUGAUUGGGGAAGAAUGAUGUCAAACCAACGAAACACAUUUUUGCAGAGACUUGUCUCAUCGAUUGAGUAUGAGAAAAAAGCCAAGGCCGCUGCUCCACAUUUUAUCUCAGUUACUCCCGAAUCAAAUCAACGGCGUCCUCGUCCCCAACGACAAGGAUACGACGUUGCAAAAGACGACGGAGCUUUUCUUUACUAUGUCCCAAGUCAAGAGUCACCCGCCACGGUAGUGCCGCGACCACAACCAAAAGUUCUACACAACCCACCACCACCACCUGUAGGGCCGCUUCGUAUCGAAGAGCGCACGAUGCUUCAACACGCAUGGCAUAUUGCGUCGACAACUGACCCACUUCUGGAUUCUGACGAGGAAGACCUGGAUGAGCAUACACGACAAGACUAUUGUAAGGCCCCCAAUUUCUCAUGCAAAGCACCACGUCAAGCACUUCCUCUUCUCUCUAGCACGACGCCUCAACGUCCUCGAUCGAUUGGUCAGGCAACCAACCCCUACAUAACUUUUGCAACAGUACGAACCCAUGGCGAUUCGCGAAUUGAUCAAUCCAAGACACACAUCUUUUGA